AUGGCUGCCACACAGACACCCACAGUGGGUUUCAGCCUCCAGUUCCAGGCAGCCCUGGAGAAGUGGAUGCAGCUGGGGUUUGAAAUUCAGGAGCGUGGCCCAGCAAUCCCCAAAGCAGGGGACAAGGAGGGAGAAGCAGGAAAGUCCUCGACAGUGCUCUCUGAAGGGAGAAUCAGGGGACUUGUUCAAAGGGCACCAGCGCAACAGGUUAAACAGGAACCAGGAGAUGUGCUGCACCAGCAGUGGGAAUCUCAGUGGCAGGACUUCUUGAAGAUGGUGGAGUCCCAACAAUCUCAAUGGGGAAAGGCACCAUUGCCGGAGGAGCCGUCCCCAUGGGAUGACACAAAAUCUUUCCUGGCCUCCUUCGAGAAAGUGGCCGAAGCUUGCCGGUGGCCCAAAGAAGCGUGGGCAGCCCGACUCCUGCCGGCCCUCAGCGGAGAGGCCGAACAGGCCUUCAGCAGCCUGAAGGCUGGAGACAAGGAGGAUUAUGGGAAAGUGAAGGUGGCCAUCUUGCGAGAGGAGGCCACGAGGAGGGAGAAGGUGCGUCAGCACUUCAGGGGCUUCUGCUACCGGGAGGCCGAGGGGCCCAGAGGAGCCUACAGCCAACUCCAGGAGCUUUGCUCCCGGUGGCUGAAAGUCGAGAGGCACACCAAGGAGCAGAUCCUGGAGCAGCUGAUCCUGGAGCAGUUCCUGACCGUCCUUCCGCCAGAGAUCCAGAGCUGGGUGAGGGAGUGCGGGCCGGAGACCUGCUCCCAGGCGGUGGUCCUGGCCGAGGGGUUCCUGCAGCUGCAAGAGGAAACGCGAAAACAGGGAAAGGAGGUGAGGCAAUUUUUAGCCUGAGAUGAUCUGUUAUCGAUGUGGCGGCUCUGUGAUGUCAGAGUGACCCUGCUGCAUUGUGCAAAUAGCCCGUGACAUUCCUCCAAAAUACCCACAAAGAGGUGCAUGGUUUAAGGGAGCCGAGAUUUGUGUGGGAACCCCUUUCCUCUCACGGAGCUGCACGAGCUCCUCUCACAGAGCUCAGAGUGGUUUAACAAUCUGAAAAUUUUAGCUCUGUGAGCGGAAUAGGGCUCUCCAUGCAAAACUCAGCCCCCUUAACAAACGACCAUUCCCAAGAUUCUUUGGGGAUGGAAGCCAUGCUGUAAUAGUGUUUUCAAUUUUUUUUUGUCCAUUUCUAACUUUCUGUGUUAUCUUUUUGUAUUCUUAUCUCCUUGUUUUCAUUGCAGAGCAUUCUGUGGCCUGUGCAAAAGGUGGUCUAUAAAUCAUCUCAGUAAUUCAAGUCCUUCCCUGGCCUGAGAGAGGUCAAGAGGAAGCUGUUCAUUCACUCCUUGGGAGUGGAUUUGUGGAGACUUGUCUUUCGCUUCCCAAGAUGUCUUCCCUUUCCAGCACUUGCAUCUCCCUGCUGAAAGGGAUGUUCUUCUCCUUUCCAGAAGCAGAUCCCAUCUGAGGAGGUGGAGGCUAAGCUGGAGGUGGAUGGAGGAAACGUCUGCUCACUGGGUGAGUUGAGAUGCUGUGUGGCUCUCCAGUGUUUUGGUGAAAUUCCCUCAGGUGGCCAUAGAGUGUAUGCACCAUUCAGUGGCUGAGGCCCUUGCUGACUGAAGUGGGCAGGCGUCACCCAGGAGGAUAGCCUUCUCUGUGUUGGCCCCAGCUCCAAGGAAUGCCAACCCUGGAGAGGACCACCUAGGCCCAUCACUGUGUACUUUCUGGUGCCGGAUAAAAGCUGGCUUCUCAGAGGGCUUUUGCAAUUGGCCAAGGUUGUUUUCAGCAGUGUCAUUUUGCUUUUCUGCUCUGCUUGGGGUACAAGCCAUUAAAAGCAGGACGGAACAAGUCACAUAUAAUCCAAAUCAACACAGUAUUCAAAAUGGGAAAAGCUCCUGAAUAUCAAUAACUACAAGUUAUUAGCAUCAAGACUAUUGCACGUUUAGAGACAGAUUGAGCUUAAAUGUGUUACAGAAGGGGGGGCAUGUCUUCUUCACCUUCUUCUUCACUAUAAUAUAUCCAUUUAUUCCCAAUUGUCAAAGGGACUAAAAUCUAUAAAAUCCAUAGAAAAUCAACGUGCCAAUUUGCUCAAUUUCUCUAGGACUCCAUCACCCCUCCCCUGUCCUCCAUAAUCCCUCAAGCAAGGUGUCCAGACCUUAAUCCUGUCAAAUCACUCUGCCAAGCCUUUCCUCCAGGAAAUGCCAGUACAUGGACCAUUGUCUUCUCAUCAGGAUGUGCUUAUCUGCGCAUAUCUCCAGCUCUGCAUAUUCCCCCCUCCCUCCUCCAUAUGUUAAUCUGUGUAACCCAACCUUUCCUUAAUGUAUUCAUGAUGUAACUGGGAUGUAUUUUGCACUGUAUUCUGGGACAUGGAGGGAGUUUCAAAAGUUCAUGUCACCCCUUUCUCGCUGUUCAAUCUGGUCUUGAACCUGUUGCGCAAUAAACUUGGAUCUUCUGCAGUUUGCUCCUGUCUGGCUGUGCUCAUUUUCUUCCGCAGGGACCCGCGGACUUACUUAGUCCGACGAGCUGGGUGGCAGGGUAGCCCCACACCCAGAUUUAGCUGUAACAAAUGGCAGUAUAACAAAAAAAAUGAACGGCAAAUAUUAUUUCCGCUGUUUCUCUCUCUAUCUCCUUCUCUCCCCUGUGUCUUUUGGUUGAUCCAAUAACAACUGACUUCUUGGUUGUCUUUGCAAAUGAAAGGAAAUUCAGUGGUACCUCAGGCUACAUACGCUUCAGGUUACAUACUCUUCAGGUUACAGACUCCGCUAACCCAGAAAUAUUACCUCAGGUUAAGAACUUUGCUUCAGGAUAAGAACAGCAAUUGGGCGGUGGCGGCACAGCAGCAGCAGGAGGCCCCAUUAGCUAAAGUGGUGCUUCAGGUUAAGAACAGUUUCAGGUUAAGAACAGACCUCCGGAACGAAUUAAGUACUUAACCUGAGGUACCACUGUAUAGGAUAUGUAAACAGACUUCUGGGAUAUCUGUAGGGACAUCUACCUGGUUGGCCAUGGUGAUGACAGGAUGCUAGACUAAAUGGCAUUGACUUCAUCUGGCUGUAGGCUCUCCUCAUGUUCUCAACAUUUUUACAGCCACUUCUAGGGUUCAAAGCACUUCAUGAACCUUAUCCAGGGGGCCAUGCCAGGCUAGUGAGAGGUUGUGGCCUUGGGAGAGUUACAGACAGAGAGGCCUGGAAGGCUGAAUUUGGCCCCUGGGCAGCUGCUAGUUGCCUAAGUAAUACUAGCCUAGUUGGGCUGAAAGGUGUAAGGCUGCUUCUUGUAGUUUUCUUUCCAAACUCCCGGACCCAUCCCGGAAAUAAAACUUAGGUUCAUGGUGGAAAAUUUGUUGGGGAAAAGCAUCCCCUGUGUGCCCAGGGAAUGAGUUUCUCUAUUACAUUUUUUUCAUUUCUCCACAGAUGAAAGAAAGGUGUCUAUCAAGGAGGUGGAGAAAUGUGGACCGGAAAAUUCCACCCAAAUAAGGCCACGUGAGAGAGAGUCUGCCGGGAGAGGAGAAAACAUUCCUCCGCUUUGUGAAAAGGCCUCAGAGAGUCAGCGUAGGCCUCGUGGCAGCAGAACAGUCUCCCUGGAGCAGGAGCAGUCGGAUCCAUUCCAUGUGCAGGAGGCUACAAGGAGCUCUGCCAAGCCCCAGGCCACCAGGCGGCGCAGACCGGUAAGAGGCAAAACGCAUGCAGAGUUUGCUGGAGAAGCUUCAGUCACGGGUCAAACUUCACUGAACAUUAGAGAAUACAGACAGGAGAAAAGCCUUACAGCUGCUUGCAUUACAGGCAGAGCUUCAGCCGCAGGUCGAAUCUCAACUGUCAUCAGAGAAUCCACAUAGAAGGAGAGUCUCCUGAGGGAGACGAUUCCACUGUUGAACAGCUCUUACCAUCAGAAAGUUUUUCCAUAUGUUUAGUCGGAAUCUCCUUUCUUGUAACUUGAAGCCAUUGGUUCAAGUCCUGCCUUCUGGAGCAGGAGAAAACAAUCUUGCACCAUCUUCCAUGUGACAGCCCUUAAGGUAUUUGAAGAUGGCUAUCACAUCUCCUCUCAGUCUCCUCUUUCCCAGGCUAAACAUACCCAAUUCCUUCAAGUGCUCCUCGUAAGGCUUGGUUUUCAGACCCUUGAUCAUCUUGGUUGCCCUCCUCUGCACACGUUCCAGCUUGUCAACGUCCUUCGUAAAUUGUGGUGCCCAAAAUUGGACACAGGACUCCAGGUGUGGUCUGACCAAGACAGAAUAGAGUGGUACUAUUAUGUCCCUUUGAGGAUAUUUCACCCCUCCCAUUGCAAGAAUAUGCUGAUGUUUCAGGAAGGAGGGGGCGGAUUUUGCUCAUUGCUUCUUCCGCUCCAGCCUGACUUCAAAGGGGUGUCUGAGUGUUAUCUGUGUAUAGAUAAGGUCGCUGCUCAUGCAGCUGUAACACUCAUUGCAGUCCAGCGUCUCCAUUUAGUCUGUAGUUAGUUUGUAUAGUAGCUGUAGAGAAUAAAAGAAGUUAUUCUACAGAAGCUGUCGUUCGUGUGGUUCAUGCUCUGCUGUGCUCUGCUGACUACUGGAAGUGAGUUUGGUGCUCACAGCUCUGAGUUGUGAGUCCACAGCACUUAGACCUGCUUCCUGCGUGGAAGGUCUCUGGAAGUGCUUUCCAGCUCGCCUGGCUCAGUCGGGGCUGAAGAGGUUGAGCCCAGUCGGUGGCACUGGCUCAAAGGCAAAGCUGACACCCUUUACCUGGACACUAUACUUCUGUUGAUCAGAAUGCUGAACUAGACAGGCCACAUACACACACACACCCCUGUGACUCAGGGUUGGAGGGCAAAUGCAGCCCUGCAAGCAUCUCUAUCUCGCCCUUGGGAUCUUCCACAGGCCUCACCCCUUUCCAGCCUUGUUUUAUACACUCAGAUAUUUUUGCGUGGAUGGGCCCUUGAACCCUGAUAAGAUGCCCUCUUGCUGGUCUGGACAGAGGACAGAGGGGUGUGUGAGAGCGCACGUAGAAACUUCGCCUCCCAUAAAAAAUAAAUUUUGCAUCCAUUGCUCCACCCACUUCUGCCUUUGGCCCCACCCACCAAUGGCAUGUGGGACAUGGAAGGUUGCCGGGAGGAGAUUGUAGACCUUGGGUUGACAAGGGUUCCUCACCUCCUGGUCCAGAGGGUGAGAUAAAAUUACCAGUGAGAGGUCUCUCAGUAUCUAUUAGCCGCAACAGUGCAGUAGAACCUCCAGUCUCAGAGUCAGUAUACCUCUAAAUACCAGUGUUAUGUACUCAAGUUCUCAACCUGGGCCAGCAGGGGGAUACUGUAGAUAGUUAUGCAAAUGAAGGAUCAAAAGUGACGUUCAGUUAUUGGAUAGUUUUAGAAAGUUGCUACAGUAACGUUGUACUGGAGCUCUAUAUAAGCAGGCUGACUGAGCCCUUCAGUUCAGUUCUGUUCUGGCCUCUGAAUAAACAAGAGCUGUUUGAAGAAUCGCUGUGUCGUCUGAUAAUGUUCACCCACAACUUAACAACCAGCUCUUGGGGACAUACAGCAGGAGGAAGGGCUGUUUUCCUUAUGCCCUCCUUGUGAGCUGAGCAUCAUGGGAAACAGGAAGCUGGGUUAGAUAGCACUUUGGUCUGGCCCUGCGGGGCUCUCCUCAUCUCCCUUUCCAUGUGUUUAGCAGCGCCAUCUGACUCCACCCCUUUCUUUCAACCUUAACAGGUUACUGGCCCGAGAGUGAGAACGAAAAGAAUCACCGAGGCGUUUUGGAGCAACCUGAAGCGAUAG